AGCCAAAACUUAACUCGUCAAUUACAAGCAGCAAUGAGUGGAAGAGGCAAAGGAGGAAAAGGACUCGGAAAAGGAGGCGCUAAGCGUCACCGUAAAGUCCUCCGUGAUAACAUCCAGGGAAUCACCAAGCCCGCUAUCCGCCGUCUGGCCCGCCGUGGUGGAGUGAAGCGUAUCUCUGGUCUGAUCUACGAGGAGACCCGCGGUGUGUUGAAGGUUUUCCUGGAGAACGUGAUCCGUGAUGCCGUCACUUACACUGAGCACGCCAAGAGAAAGACCGUGACUGCCAUGGAUGUGGUGUAUGCUCUGAAGAGGCAGGGCCGCACUCUGUACGGCUUCGGCGGCUAAACACACCAACUUCUCAUCUAUU